AUGGCAGCGCCGAAACGCGUCCGAUCCGCUUCGUCCUCUGCCUCGCCUGUCGCAGAGAACGGCGGCUCGGCGAAGAAGCGUGCCCGUCGCAGCCCGACCAAGGAGGACGAGGACGUCAAGCCGACUAUCAAGGAGGAAGCAGACGACGAUGAUGGCUCGGACCCGCGCUUCCGCUCCGUUUCGACGACUGCCGCGCUUGAGAGGGACCGCGAGCACACGAGUUUCCCGCAUGAGAUGGAGCAGACGCCGCUCGCGAGGUUGUACGAUGCGAUGAGGGAGUUGUCGCAGGCCAAGGCGGCCAAGGACGAGAAGCCGAGCAAGGACGGCGUCGUGGUGUACUGGAUGAGGAACAAGGACCUCCGCCGCGAGGACAACACGGCUCUCUCGUACGCCUCGGCCGUCGCGCAAGAGCACUCCCUCCCGCUCAUCGCACUCCACAUCUUCUCCCUCGGCGACUACAAAUCGCACGACCGCUCCCCUCGCCGCAUCGACUUCCAACUACGCCAACUCGCCUACCUCCGCGCCGAAUUCGACAAACUCCACAUCCCGCUCUUCACGUUCACCCAAUCCUCGGACCGGAAAGCCAUUCCGCGGAUCUUGUGCGAGAAGCUCGCCGAGUGGAACGCGUUCGGCGUGUAUGCGAAUAUCGAGUACGAAGUCGACGAGUUGAGGAGGGACAUCGAGGUGCUUGAACGGACGAGGGACGCGAGGGAGAAGGAGGAGGGGUGGAACGGCCAGGUCGAGUUCUUCAAAGACUUUUGCAUCGUCGCGCCCGGCGAGCUGCUCACCAAGCAAGGCAAGCCCUACAGCGUCUACUCGCCCUGGCAACGCGCCUGGGCCGCGCACAUCAACUCGAACCUCUCCUCCUUCAUCUCGCCUCAAAACGGUCCCGUCAUCGCCAACCUUUCCUCCGCGCGCACUCACCCUGUCCUCGAACAGAUGUUCUCACACGAGAUCCCCACGUCCCUUCCGGGCUUCGAGCUCGCCGAGCAGGAGAAGGAGGAUAUGGAGCGACUGUGGCCUGUUGGAGAAGGCGUGACGGAGGGGAUCAUGGGAAGGUUCCUCAAGACCAAGAUGAGGGAGGCCAAGUUCUUUGAGCCGCCGCUCGAGGGGGACGGGAACGAGGUCGAGAACCCCAAGAAGGACAGUAAGAUUGCCAAGUACACGGAGGGGAGGAACAGGGUCGACUGGGACGGGACGAGCCACAUCUCCGCCUACCUCGCCGCGGGCUUGAUCUCGCCUCGCGAGUGCGUUCGUGCGGUGUACAAGGUCGUCGGGGGCAAGGAGGUGCCAGCGGGGAGGGACACUGGUUUCGGGAUGUGGAUUCAAGAAGUGGCGUGGCGCGACUUCUACCAGCACGUCCUCGCCGCCUGGCCACGCGUCUGCAUGUCCAAGCCCUUCAACCUCAAGUACGACGGCACGAUCGAGUGGGCGACGGACGACGACGAAUCCAAGUUUGAGGCGUGGAAGGAAGGCAAGACGGGCUUCCCGAUUGUCGAUGCCGCGAUGAGGAGUCUCAAGGCGCAGGGGUAUAUGCACAAUAGGUGCAGGAUGAUCGUCGCGAGCUUCUUGUGCAAGGACCUCCUGCUCGACUGGCGCAAGGGCGAGAAGUACUUCAUGCAGAUGCUGGUCGACGGCGAUCUCGGCAGCAACAACGGCGGUCGUCCACUGGAACCGAUCCAACUCCUUACUAUCCGUUUCUAUGCUUCCUUCCGAAUCUUCAAUCCCGCCUCUCAGUCGGAAAAGGUCGACCCCAACGGGACCUACAUCCGCCACUGGGUGCCUGAGCUUAAGUCCGUCAAGGGCAAAGCGAUCCACAACCCGUCUGCCGCACUCUCCAAGGCCGAGAUCCUCAAGCUUGGCUACGUGCCGCCGAUUGUCGACCACGCCGAGGCAAGGAAGAAGGCGAUCGAGGCUUACAAGGAGGCGGCCGCGAGGGGGGGUUAG